UACACGUCAUUACAACCUAUAUAUUGACCAACAGUUAGUCAAAAUUCUUGCAGUUUGCAUACAUACUGUGUUGCUUCGUCACUCGGAAAAUAUCCUAGAAAAAUGACAAAGUGGUUGUUGCUGGUGGUGUGUCUUGGUAUAGCUUGUCAAGAUGUCACAAGCGCCGCUCAUCAAAAAAAAUCUUCAGAAGAUUUGGCACAUUCGAUGAAGGUGAUUUACGAAUGGAAACAUAUUGAUUAUGAUUUCGGUAGCGAGGAAAAAAGACAAGCUGCGAUUCAAUCUGGAGAAUAUGACCAUACGAAAAAUUAUCCCUUCGAUGUGGACAGAUGGCAUGAUAAGACAUUUGUCACCGUAGAAAGGUUCAAUGGUGUGCCUUCUUCUCUAAACGUAAUAACUAAUAAAAAAGGUAAAGGUGGACCUCUUCUACAACCUUAUCCCGAUUGGUCGUUUGCCAAGUACGAAGAUUGCUCUGGAAUCGUGAACGCUUUCAAAAUUGCGAUCGACAAGGUCGACAGAUUAUGGGUUCUGGACUCAGGUCUUGUCAAUAAUAAUAAUCUCAUGUGCUCUCCAAAAUUGCUAACCUUUGAUCUGAAUACCUCAAAAUUGCUUAAGCAAGUCGAGAUACCUCAUAAUAUUGCCGUAAAUGCCACCACAGGAAUGGGAGAAUUAGUAUCACUAGCUGUUCAAGUUAUAGAUCCUACGAAUACUAUGGUAUACAUAGCAGACGAAAGAGGUGAAGGUUUAAUCAUUUACCAAAAUUCCGACGAUUCCUUCCAUCGAUUGACUUCCAACACUUUCGAUUACGAUCCCAGAUAUACCAAACUGACAGUCGCUGGAGAAAGUUUCACAGUUAAAAAUGGAAUUUGUGGAAUUGCACUUAGUCCCGUGACGAACAAUCUUUAUUAUAGCCCUCUUGCUUCUCACAGUUUAUAUUAUGUUAACACGGAACCCUUCAUGAAAUCACAAUUUGAAGAAAAUAACGUGCAAUAUGAAGGAUCCCAAGAUAUUUUGAACACUCAAUCAUUCGCUAAAGCAGUAUCAAGAAAUGGCGUCCUCUUUGUCGGACUCGUGAGCAAUUCAGGUGUUGGCUGCGUGAAUGAGCAUCAAGUACUUCAGAAAGAAAAUUUCGAUGUUGUCGCUCAGAAUGAAGAGACACUUCAAAUGGUUGUUAGUAUGAAAAUCAUGCAAGAUCGCCAACAAUCCCGCAGAAUUAAUAAGUCUCAAAGGAAUGAAUAUAUGUUGGCUUUAAGUAACAGAAUGCAGAAAAUAAUAAACAAUAAUUUUAAUUUCGACGAAGUAAAUUUCCGAAUUUUGGGUGCGAAUGUAAACGAUUUAAUAAGAAACACUCGUUGCGUAAAUUCUAACAAUCAGAACGCUAACAAUCAGAAUGCUAACAAUCAAAAUGCUAACAACCAGAAUGCUAACAGUCAGAAUGCUAACAACCAGAAUGGUAACAAGCAGAGUGAUAACAAGCAAAAUGGUAACAUGCAAAAUGAUAACAUGCAAAAUGGUAACAAGCAGAAUGAUAACAAGCAGAAUGGUAACAGACAGAAUGAUAAUAGGCAGAAUGGUAACAGGCAAAAUGGUAACAGGCAAAAUGGUAACAGGCAAAAUGGUAACAGACAGAAUGAUAAUAAACAAAAUGAUAACAGGCAGAAUGAUAAGAGGCAGAAUGAUAAUAGACAGAAUGAUGAUAAUCAGAAUAAUCAGAAUGGUAACAAUCAAAAUGAUAAUCAAGUUCGUCAUUCUUCAAAAUCACAUUAAAUCAAUUACAUUAAAUUAAUUAGAAUGUAAACCAAAUUAUUUUUUAAAAUAUUUUCUCGAUGUAAA